CCCGCGCUCCAAGAUGGCGGCGCCGUGGCCGCUGCCGGUGCUGGCGCUGCUGGCGGCGGGGGCGGCGCUGGGCGAGGCCGGGGGGCUCUGCCGGGGAGGAACCGGCACCGGCACCGGCACCAGGGCUGGUGACACCGAGAGCUGCCGGGUGAGCCUGACCCUGGAGCACUCCUUCGAGCUGGAUGACGUUCCGCGGUUCCGCCGCCGGGGGUCGCUGUCCCUGAGCUGGGGCCCCGAGCCCGCGCUGGCGCUGGCGCAGAAACCGCUGGGGGAGGAGGAGAGAGCGCGGCUGAGGGAGGUGGCAGCUCGGGAUGGGCUGUACCGGGUGCGGGUGCCCCGCAGGCCCCCGGGCCCUGGCGAGGACGGGGACACCGAGUUCGUCACCUCCUUCGUGAGGGCGUGUGCCCUGCUGGAGUCCCACCUGUCGGAUCAGCUGUCCCUGCACCUGGACGUGGCCGGGCACGUGGUGGCCCUGGGGGUGGUGGCAGCCCCUGGCACCUGCAGGGGCACCUGGGUGGAGGACGAGCACCUGGAGCUCUUCAACACCUCGGUGGCACUGAGACAGCCCCUGCCCGCGGCCACCCCCGAGACCGCCGCCUUCAUCCGGCACCUGGAGCAGGAGCAGGCCCAGCGCGCCCGGAACCCCCAGGAGCAGAAAUCCUUCUUUGCCAAAUACUGGAUGUACAUCAUCCCCAUCGUGCUCUUCCUCAUGAUGUCUGGAGCCCCCGACGCUGGGGGGGCGCAGGGCGGGGGCACGGGGGGCGGGGGGGGGGCGGGGGUCAGGUGAGACCCCCCCAAAAUCCCCCCCGGACCCCCCAGUGUGGGGCAUGGGCAAUAAAGAUGUGUGAGACCCCAAA